GGAGUCUCCAUUGGCCUGUAGGGCCCAGUUUAGGUGGUUCAGUUCACCGUGGAGGAGAUGGGGUUUUGAUUCUAUGAAACUGGCAGCCUCCGAUGUGGGCAGGGCUGCUGGGAGGGGCGGUGCUCCCUCUGGGCUUGUACAUGAAGGCCCAAAUGGGAGGCCAAGGGGUGCUUCCUUAGGAGGAAGGAGGAAAGGUCCUGCAAAGGAGGUGCAACGCGGAUUAGACCCGGGACAAGAGAGAGGGGCUCAUUUGCGGGGCGAGAGGAUGCUGUACUGCUGGGGCGAAGGCUCUGCUGGGCAGCUGGGGCUGGGGAAAGGGGAGGGGGUCUCGGGGCCGGUGCCUUUCCGACCAGGACCCCGAGCUCCGGCGGACCAAGCGGUGGUGCUGGUGGCUUGCGGGGAGCGGCACACGCUGCUGUUGCGCGAUGAUGGCGGGGUGGCCUCUUGCGGAGACAACAGCCGGGGACAGCUGGGCAGGAGGCUCCCUUCGGGGCAGGAGAAGCGCUCCUACGGCCCAGAGCUAAUCCAAGCAUUGGAAACACAAAAAGUUGUCCAUGUAAGCUGUGGAAAGGAGCACUCGCUGGCUGUUUGCAACAAAGGAAGGGUCUAUUCAUGGGGAGCUGGUACUUUUGGACAGCUGGGCACUGGUGAAUUGGGAGACCGUUUAAUUCCAAAGACAAUAAACGCUUUAUCCAAAUACAAGGUAAUCCAGGUUGCUUGUGGACACGAUCACUCAAUAGCACUGACAAACGAUGGCAGAAUUUUUUCAUGGGGUCAAAACAUCCAUGGGCAGCUGGGACUUGGCAAAGACAUCUCAUCUCAGGCUUCUCCGCAGCAAGUCUCUGCUCUGGAUGGCAUCCCUUUGGCUCAGGUGGCAGCAGGCGGAGCGCAUAGCUUUGCCCUGUCCCUUUCUGGCGUUGUGUAUGGAUGGGGAAGGAACAACGCACAUCAGCUGGGACUGAGCCAGGCUAAGCCCAAAGAACAAAUCUUCAAACCAUACUCAAUAGCUGCUUUGAGGAGCCUUGAUGUGGCCUUUGUGAGCUGUGGGGCUGAACACACUGCUGUGCUCACCCAGAAUGGCAGUGUGUAUACAUUUGGAGAUGACAGCGCUGGACAACUAGGACGCAAUAGUUCUUCUAGUCCAAAGUUUGGUCCCCAGAAAGUUGAGUGGAUUGAUGGUCCAGUUUCACUUUUGGCAUGUGGCAGCUAUCACACUCUUGUGCGCAUCUCUACUUCUGGUCAGCUUUUAUCUUUUGGACGUGGACCUUUGCAGCGAAACAGAAGUGGAACAACUCAAAGCAAGCCAGAUGGGGGAGGAUGUCUGAAUAUUAGUGCUCUUGUUUCUCCAAAUGAAUUGGUGGGCAUGCAAGUGAAACAGAUUUUUGCUGGAACAUAUGUCAACUUUGCCACAGUGUUUCACACACAGGUUUCUGCAUAUAGGAAUGAAACCCUCUCUAUGGAACCCUUGCCACGGAUUAGCCGGCUGGAGGAAAUGCAGAUAGACAUGUGGCUGUCAGCAACUGCAGAAAGUGAAAAGCGGCAAAAUGCAAAAAGGGAAAUAGAAACAAUAUUUUCAUCUUCUCCUUGUUUAACAGCAAGCUUUUUAAAGCAAGGAUCUCCUUUUAAAAGUGGUUGUUGUGUAGCAAUCAAUUUAGAAAAGGCAAAAAAGAUAUUUGAGAACCUUGCAACUAGAGACUGGAUAGCUGGAAGGAUUUCUUUCUGUCUGUUGAACUACCUGAUUCCAGCCCUUCCGCUGAAUUCUCCUCACCAAGAAGCCCUUUCAAUCUUCCUGCUGCUGCCUGAGUGUUCUGCAGCCCUUGAAGCCCAGAAAAUGCAAUCUUUGGCUCUGCCCUUUGCAAAAGCAGUUCUAGGCUUAAGCAAGCGCUCUUCCGAAAUUUUAGAAAACUAUUGGUCUUUGCUGCCAGCGUCAUCUUUCGACCAAAUAGUUCAGAUGCUUAGCAGAGCUGUGAAAUCUCAGCUGUCCUAUUACAAUUUCUACCCACAAUGCCAAGAAGUUAUUCCACUCCUUGAAGUACUUAAAAAAUUGUACAAGGUAAACAAGAAGGCAGACUACAAACUCCAGAUAAGAAACUUCUACAUCGAUGAUAUCAAUAAAAUAAUUAAUACCUUUUUAGACUUAGGAAGGUGGCAUACACGCAAGACACACCCAAAUCCAGAAUCAUUUCCCGUUUCCCUUUGUUCAUUUCCUUUUGUUUACAAUCUACUGACCAAGAUGGAGAUUUUUGCCAUGGAGACCAUUUUCAAUCAAGAGUGCAUGAAGGUUGGUGCCCAUCAUGAAAUCAUGCUGAAUCGAAUGCAGAGAAGCAGUGAACUCCCCAAGUUGCCCGUCUUUCUUUUGAGGGUGCAGCGCCAGAAUCUUGUCGAAAACACUUUGCACAAACUGAGUCAUGUGGAGGAUAUCUCUCUCAAGAUGCAAUUGUUGGUUGAAUUUGAAGGAGAGAUGUCUAGAUUUGAAGCUGGAGGGGUUCUUUUGGAAUUCUUUUCACAUGUUUUUGAGGAUAUGGUGCAGCCAGACUAUGGGAUGUUUAUGUAUCCUCACCCCAGUUCUCCAAUGUGGUUUUGUACCAGGAAAAAAGUAUCCAAGAAUAAAUACUACCUUUUUGGGAUCCUCUGUGGCCUUGCCAUGUUCAACAGAGUCAUUGCCUAUGUGCCUUUCCCACUUGCUGCCUUUAAAAAACUGCUUGACAAGAAACCCACCCUUGAUGACUUGAAAGAGCUGGACCCUGUACUUGGAAGGAGUUUGCAGGCAGUUCUUGACUAUGAAUGUGAUGACAUUGAAGAAAACUUUCAGCUGUGCUUCUCUAUUUUCUGGGAUGAUGUGAAGGUGGAUUUAAUUCCAAAUGGCAAUUCCAUAGCUGUGAAUAACAGUAACAAGAAGGAUUUUGUCAACAAAUAUGUGGAUUAUAUUUUCAAUAUAUCUGUAAAUGAAGUUUUUGGAGAAUUCAAGAGAGGGUUUUACAAAGUCCUUGACAAAUGCAUAAUUGACUUCUUCGAGCCUCCAGAACUAAUGGAAUUAGCGAUUGGAAAUGCAAACUAUGACUGGGAAUUGUACGAAAAGAAUGCUGUGUACUGGGGAAUAUAUAGUCCAACACACCCUACCAUUAAAAUGUUCUGGAAGGUUUUCCAUGAGCUACCUUUGACUGACAAAAAAUCCUUCUUGUUAUUUGUUGCAGGAACGGACCGGGUCCCUCCGAUGGGAAUGAAUUCCUUGAGGAUAACAAUUCACUCACACCGGUCUCUUUCAGAAGAUCAUAUCCCUGAAGCUCAGAUCUGUUUUCAUCUUUUACUCCUGCCACCUUUUUCUACAAUUGGAAAACUCAAGGAGAAACUACAACAGGCCAUUGAGAACAAUCGAGGCUUUGGCAAACAGGAAAAUGAAAAUGUCUGAAAUGGAAAUUAUCUUAGUUUGACAGUUCUUAACAAACCUAUACUUAUUCUUAACAAACCCAUACUGGCUCAUCCUGAUCACUGUAUUGUCAUCAAGAUACUUACAGACAGACUCCUGUAUAUUCUGAUUUUUCUUGAUAUUGAGGGUCUAGCAGACUAGUUGUAGUUUUCUGAAUCAUCUUGUCUUCUUUUGAAGAGAAGGACAAAAAUUUGUUCAUCUGCUACAAUUUUAUCUCCUAAAAGCUGAAAUAAACUUCCUAGCUUUUUUGCUUUUAAAAUUCCUUUCCCAAUUCCCUUUUAAAAAAAUUUUCUGGAGAUUUUUUUUGUUGCUAAAAACCAUCUAAUAUGUUGCAGCCUGGUCAGAUUCUGGGAUAGAUUCAGAGAGCCCAGAGGUGGAUAGAAGUGGUCUAGAGACAGUUGUUUUGAAAUCUCCUGGCAGUUCCCAUGGGGCCGGAAAAAGCGAUAUAUAAGUUCUCGUGAGAACCUGCCAGAAGUGCAGGCUGAGAGAAAUGUGGAAGAUGAAUGUUUGUCUAGAUCAAGGUACUUGGAAUUGCGGAGACAGGGCAUGCAACAAAGACAGACUUGCUUUUCCCAGGGAUAAGGAGAAGAAAAGCAGGUGUGUGAGAAAUGAUGUUAUGGGAGGGAUUGAGGCCUUUUAAAGUGAAUCCUGCUGGUACAAUCCUUUGUGAGAGCAACAUUGUAUUCAGGCGAACAGCUCUUGGUUUUUGGUCCUAUGUGCUUGGAAUUCAUGCAUUCAAGUUUUUACUUUGUUCUUGCUUCUAGUUCAUGUGUGAUAUAGGUUGCCUGUCUUGGAUUCAUGCUAUCUUGUUUAUGGAUAUAUUUGUGGAUUGACUCUGGAGACUGUAUGUGAAAGGAUUUUAAACUCUCAGCUAUCUUGAAAAUAACCCUUUGAACUUUGAUUCUCUUUUUAGAAUUUGUGCAUAUACUGUGUUUCCCCAAAAAUAAGACAGUGUCUUAUAUUAAUUUUUGCUCCCAGAGAUGCUCUAGGUUUUAUUUUCAGGGGAUUCUUAUUUUUCCAUGGAGAAGAAUUCACAUUUAUUGUUGAACAAAAAAAAAUUAAACAUUUAUUGUAUACUGUACAGUAGUUGUCAUCACAAACCAGCAUAACCAGACAAAUUGUGAAUCCUAUCAGGAAUUUCUUGUUACUACCAUUAUGUCCAUGUACAACACUCUAUGGUACGUACAUUUACCCAUCCUGCAUGCUCUGGUGUUCUGUUUGGCGGGCAUGCUUCCAAACAAAAACUUUGCUAGGUCUUACUUUUGGGGGAGGCCUUAUAUUUAGCAAUUCAGCAAAACCUCUACUAGGUCUUAGUUUCUGGGGAUGUCUUAUUUUAGGAGAAACAGGGUAUAUAUAUGUACUCUUCUUUAAAUAAACUUCUACUUACUGGA